AUGAGGGAUCCAUCCAGUUUUGUAUGUCAAAAGCAGGUUAAUUUAAAUUGUUAUUUGCAUCUAUGACUUGUUUUGACUUGUUCUCUGGUCUCUGAAUAGAUUCAUGUGUCGUUUCCCGGCUAUGAGGUUGAACAGACUGGCACCAAAAAAUAUUUUAGCCGGCAACUUAACUGUGAAUUAUGAGUUAAUCUGUUGAUCAGUGGAUGCCAUAUGCAUAUUUUUCCCAUCUUGGCAUAUACGCAUUAGCAAGGUGAUAGGAAAGCCUAAAGAAUGAAAUGGAGAUAAAUCUAAAAUCUAAACCUGCAUCAGAAUUUCUUGAAGAGUUAAAAGGAAGUUGUUACUUGUUAAAUUUUGUCUUAAGCAUCACAAGGAGAAAAAUGGGAGUUGAAAGUCGGUUUUUUAUGGCUCAUAACAUGUUCAUAUAUUUGGUCUAGACUUGUUAACUGUCGUCUGUUUCAGUGAUAACUUUUGUUUGCACCCCUGAUGAAGCAUUUUCGGUUCUGGGUGGUGAUAUAAUAUUUGCUAUUGGGAGCCCUUUCAAGGAUGUGGAUCCAGGAUAUGGUCGAAGUGGGCACUGCAACCAGGGAAUAACAUGUACCUAUUUCCAGGCUUAGUUUCCUUUUACUCUUUCUGCAGGAUAGGUCUUGGUACUCUUAUCUGGAUGUCGUGUAUCGUCUCUGAUGGCAUGCUACAGGCUGCUGCUGAAUGCUUGGUCGCAUAUAUAUUACAGAGAAAGAGGUUCUCAAUGGGACGAUUUUUCCUUGUGUUCCCAGCAGUUGUUAAGGAAGCCAUCGAAGAAGAUUUAGGAGAAGGAUCCCGUGAUAUGAAAGCUCGUGAGCUCCAAAAACUGAGUCAGGAGGAAAUUUUAACGUAUGUGCAGAACAAUAUGUGGAGUCCUCAAUAUCCAACUAUGGUAUACAAAAAGGAAUGAAAAUUCUGCAUCUUUCUCUGUGUCUGUUGGUAGCCUUGGUGGUGUCUGUUAGCUCUUGUGUGAAGGAAGAGGUGUGGUAGGAUGUUAUCCCGGUUACGUCUGAAGACUCCAUCAAAAAGAAUGUUGUAUCUUGUGAUUAAAAUUUACCUAACGUUGAGUUUCCCACGUGUUGUGACAAUUUUUCAUAAUGACCUGGCAGUCAGUUUGUGCCUACAUCCUGUAAGCUUCUGGGAUCACUUCAUAAGAUGAGUGAAAAUAGGGCCUCCAUUUUCAUCCAUGUAAAUUCAGCAUGAGUAUGCUGUAGAUUACUUAUUAAUUUUGCUUCUUGUAUAUGCUUAAGAUAUUCCUGCUAAUGGCGUGUUGCCAUGUACCUUGAUAGUCACGACAAUCAGUAAACGCGGCAGUCAUUUUACAUA